AUGUUAAGAAGAGAUAGUACAUUAAGUAAAUAAUCUCUAGAGGAUGAGAACUAGAUAAAAUUUGAGAGUGAGGUUUUGAGACUAGUAUAGAUAUUAAGUAUGGAAUCUUAAGAGAGAACUUUAAUGCAAUUGAAUUAUGUAGCUAGAAGAUUAGAACGAUAAUUUACAUAUUUUAAGUAUGAGUCAUCAAUAUCAAUAUAGAAAAUUAAAAUCUUAAUUGAGAGAAGACAUUCUCCUUAAAUUAAUAAAGUCAUUGUAAAUAGAGAGAUUUAAACAAUAUGAGGUAGUGUUUAAUUAAGGAGAAACUGGUCGAAAAAUGUAUUUCAUUUUAGAAGGUGAAGUUUCAAUCCUUGUUAGAAAUCAAGAUCAUUUGGAUACUACUAUCAACUAGAAAAAAUGUAAGAGAAAUCUUAUAUGUUUAGGUAAAUUGAAAAAAUUUGAAGAUUUUUUGUCUAUUCGUUAUUCUAAUUUUAGAUAAGUGGCUGUAAAAAAGUAAUUUGAUUAUUUUGGAGAAAUAGCUAUAGAAUAGAGAAUACCUAGAACAGCAACAGUGAUUUCAAAGGAAUCCACAACUUUAGCUAUAUUAACUUAUGAGUCUUAUUAAAAAUUGUUGAGAGAUAUUACAUAAGAAGCUAUCACAAUAAGAUCAGAGCUCAUUGCAUAAAUAUACCCAUUUGAUUAAUUAAAUGAAACUUCAUUGCAAUAAUUAUUACAUGAUUAUGAAGAAAUUAAUUUAAAUGGAGGAGCAUUAUUAUUUAAAAGAAUGUAGAAAGCAGACUGUUUGUAUUUAAUUAUCUCAGGAGAAGUCUUAGUAUAAAAGUGGGAAGAAGUGAAAAAUAAGGAUGAAUAUGAAGAUGAAAAUAUAAUAUAAACAAAUAUGAUGAGCAAAUCUAAUAAAGUAUUAGUGAAUUUAGGUGUUUUUGGUAGAGGUUAAAUGAUUGGUGAUUUUGAAUAAUUCUUAAAUCUAAAAUAAACAAUACCAUUAUUAAGAUGUACUUAAGGAGUAGUCUAAAAUUAGGCUAAAAUAUUUAGAAUAUGGCAGAGUUAAUUUAAUGAAAUUAUAAAACAUACCUUAGGUAUGAAUUGGUAUGAAAAUUAUCUAAAUGAAAAAUAUUAACAAAAAUAAAAUCAUAUCAUUCCUAAAAUUUAAUUGAAAAAUAGAAAUAUUAGAACAUAAUCAAAUGUAACUAUAAUAAAUGGUUUUAAAGAUUAAUCAUAUAUUAAAAUAUCAAGUAAUAAAUACAAAAUUAUUUAAAAUGUUGAAGAAAAAUUACCAAUUGUUUCAAAAUAAUAAUCUCCUAAAAGAAAAUUACAAUUAACAAUUGAUUAUAAGGAUAAGACUAAUCUUAAAUAUUAUAAUGUUGUUACUCCAAACUUCCAAAAUAAACCACCAUUAAAUUCAAACUAAAAUUUUUCAAUGAAAUACUUUGCAACUACAAUGAAAUAGAAAAUCUUAGAUUAAAAAAAUGAAGAAAGUAUUUUUAAUUUUGGAUCUACAAAGUAUUUAAAAACCGAACCUUCUACUGAUUAAAAUAUUCCAACAUGUAAUACAAUUCUAUUGUCUCCAAGAUAUUCUAAACUUAUUAAAAAAGAAACUAGUUUUCAUGGAUUUAAAUCUUGA